GCAGAGCUGUCGAGGCUUCCGCGUCUUCCGGUCCUUAGCUUAGUGGCAGAAACCAGCAAUUGAGUCUUCUCCUCAACACCACACACGCGCACGAGACCCGGUUGCGAUAUUCGCCGCCCUCCGACGCAGCCUCAUAGUGUGUAACCGAAUCCUCAAUCCUUCCUCUCCGCCACCCUAGGAAAUACAUCCUGGUUAUACGCCCGACGACGAAGCGAAACGACGGCCAUGAUGCCGGCGCAGAACCUCACGGUUCCGUUCGAGGGUGAAACUCAAUGGCACUCCAAGCCAGCUUGGAAGUUGCCAGGUUGGGCCGAGCCUAUUAUCGUUGCCAGUAUUCUGUUCUUUGCCAUGUUCAUGACCCGACGCCGCGGCUUUCGAAUCUUGAACAAGUCCUCCAGUCGUUCUGGCUAUCUCGACAGUCUUAGCUCAAAUGACUCUUCUGACCGUCUGCUCUCCUAUGACUCUGAUGGCGAGGGUGAAUACGACGGAUUCAUGUCAACGAGCAAAUACCCGCCAAAGAAUCGCAACUGUUGUGGCAUCGUUCUCCCAAUGCCCAAUACUUCUCGAUUCAGGAACAAUCUCCACAGCCGGGUUCUCCAGCGGUACCCCUUCCUCAUCGAGAUGUUCUACUGGAUCAUCAAUUACGCCUUCUACCGGUUCACGUCUAUCGCUUCCCAGACAAUCUUCGCCAAGACGGGCAUUUGGAAUGUCGCGCAGGACCAUGGACUUGCUGUCCUUGAGACUGAAGAGUUUAGCAUUCUUAGCAUCCUCUUCCCUAUCCGUGAGCGGGACGUUCAGCAGUGGUUCAUGACUGGCCACCAGGACGCGCUCACGGUCUUGAACAAGGCGUAUGCGCUGAUACAUAUCCCUGGCACCGUUGGAUUCAUCUGCUGGUACUACUACGUCGCCCCCUCCUUCGACACCUUCGCCCUCGCCCGCCGCACUAUGACCCUCACUAACUUUUGCGCCUUCAUUACCUUCAUCUUCUACCCAUGUAUGCCACCCCGCCUCCUCCCCCCGGAGUACGGCUUCCUCGACACAGUCCGCCACGACGACGCGCAGAGCGUAUGGAUGAGCGGCAAAUACGUCAACACCCUUGCAGCCAUGCCUUCUAUGCACUUCGGAUACUCCUUCUGCAUCGGCAUGACGUUAAUAUACCAUUCCGGCCUCUUCCGCCGCACGUUAGAAAAAGGCGAACCCCGGAAGUCUCUCUUCUGGAAAGUCUUCUAUCUCAUCAUCGGCCUUGGUUACCCCACUUUCAUUCUCACGACCAUCGUUGCGACCGCGAACCACUAUUUCAUGGACGCGGUUAUGGCGGCGCUAUUUGUGGUCUUUUCCUUUGGGUUCAACAAGGUCUUCUACAUCUUCAUCCCACUGGAAGACUUCCUUCUCUAUCUGAUACGCGCUGAGAAACCGACUCCAACGACCGGUGAUCGGUAUCAUGAGCGUGGUGGUCGGAUCUAAUGCCCGGUGGUGUAGAUGUCUACGGGCAUUGCGGAUCCACCGCCUGGUGGUGCAUUUUCCUUUGUAUACAAGUAGAUCCAUGAUUCGGCAUACCCCCACUUCAUUCUGCAUUGCGGGAGCAUUUUCUGGGUCUAAUGGCGGGUGGGAUCUGGGUCUUGGCGUUCAAUAAUAAAUGGGUUAAUUUCACGGCCUAAUAUUGGAAAAUGUGCUGGCUCUAUAGCACCUUUGUAAAGCUUACGGUUGAUGUGGUGCACCCAAUGCUAAUGGACU